UUCCAAGUGAACAAUACCACUCAUCAUCAUCAUCAACAGUCUCCUCAAAAACAUUCUAACUUUCCCCCAAAAAAGAUAGAUAAAAAAAAAACACACAAGAAAAUGUGUGGUGCCUUUCCAUUAAUGGCUUCUAUAGUCUUGUUUGUGGCAUUCACCUCUCUUUGCCUACUUCCACACCAUGCACAAGCCAUCACCCGACGAUACGAAUUCAAUAUCACGAUGCAAAAAGUGACUCGGUUGUGCCACACAAAGAGCAUAGUCACCGUGAACGGGAAGUUCCCGGGACCUCGAAUUGUCGCACGGGAAGGCGACCGUUUGCUUAUAAAAGUCACGAAUCACGUCCCCAACAACAUUACCCUCCAUUGGCACGGAAUUAGGCAGCUUCGUAGCGGAUGGGCCGAUGGGCCCGCGUACGUGACCCAAUGCCCGAUCCAAACCGGGCAAAGCUACGUGUACAACUUCACCAUAGUCGGCCAACGCGGAACCCUUUUCUGGCACGCGCACAUCUCGUGGCUCAGGUCGACACUCUACGGGCCCAUCAUCAUCCUCCCGAAAAAAGACGUACCUUACCCUUUUGAGAAACCUUUCGAAGAAGUCCCAAUCAUAUUUGGGGAAUGGUUCAAUGCCGAUACCGAGGCGAUCAUCAACCAGGCUUUGCGAACCGGUGGAGGCCCGAACGUUUCAGACGCUUACACCAUAAACGGGUUUCCCGGCCCACUUUACAAUUGCUCUUCGAAGGAUACAUUCAGGUUGAAGGUGAAGCCCGGUAAAACAUACCUUCUCCGCGUGAUCAACGCUGCACUCAACGACGAGCUUUUCUUCAGCGUGGCCAACCACACCCUAACUGUCGUAGACGUCGACGCGGUUUACGUCAAGCCCUUCCACACCCACACGAUCCUCAUCACCCCGGGACAAACCUCGAACAUCAUCCUCAAAACAAAACCCGAAUUCCCGGGCGCCAAUUUCUUGAUGAUUGCCCGGCCCUACGUCACGGGCCAAGGCACUUUCGACAACUCGACUGUAGCCGGGAUUCUCGAAUACGAGCCCCCAACAACAAAAUACACGAAACAUCUCCCACUCUACAAACCGAGCCUCCCGCCACUAAACGACACGGCAUUCGCCACGAGCUUCUCGAAAAAAUUGCGAAGCCUCGCCAGCUCGCAGUUUCCCGCCAACGUCCCUCGAGAAGUCGACAAACGGUUCUUCUUCACGGUCGGGCUCGGAACGAGCCCGUGCGAAGGGAACCGGACUUGCCAAGGGCCCAACGGGACCAAAUUCGCGGCCUCGGUAAGCAACAUAUCGUUCGUCCAGCCCACGACCGCGCUUCUCCAGGCCCACUUCGCGGGCCUAUCGGGCCGAGUCUACAGCCCGGACUUCCCCUACAGCCCGAAAUGGUUCAACUACACCGGGAACCCACCAAACAACACAAUGGUUGGAAACGGGACGAAGCUCAUGGUCUUACCGUACAACACGAGAGUCGAGCUCGUUAUGCAGGACACGAGCAUUCUCGGGGCUGAGAGCCAUCCGCUUCACCUCCACGGAUUCAAUUUCUUCGUCGUGGGGCAAGGGUUCGGGAAUUUCAACCCGAAAAAGGACCCGAAAAGCUUCAACCUUGUCGACCCGGUUGAGAGGAACACGGUUGGCGUGCCGUCGGGCGGGUGGGUCGCCAUCCGGUUCUUGGCCGAUAAUCCAGGUGUGUGGUUUAUGCAUUGUCAUUUGGAGGUGCACACGAGCUGGGGAUUGAAGAUGGCGUGGCUUGUUUUGGACGGCGAGCUUUCCGACCAGAAGCUUCCUCCUCCGCCGGCUGAUCUUCCCAAAUGCUGA